AUGGGCCGGGAACCCGUCCCCCGUCGGCGUGCCUACUGGGCAAUCCCGUCGCGCAAGGUCACCAACAUCCUGGCCUUGAUACUCUUCGUCGUUGUUGCUGCCUCGGUCUUUAAACUCGAACUCGGUGCGCCCUCCUUCGACCCGACUUCGCUAUAUCGCCACCACGCGCAUCCAGGCGAACCCGAUUUCUGGGAAUGGGAAACGACCUCCCGCUUUCCUCACGUGCAGAACCCCGUCAAAAAUGACGACCAACUUUGCGACUUGUUUCCCUCCUAUCUGCUAUCGCGCAUCCAAGUUGUUCUGAAAAUCGGCGCCUCCGAGCCGGCUGAUCGCGUCGACGCGCAAAUCUCCAGCGUGACUCGCUGCAUUCCCAACCUUAUCAUCGUCUCCGAUCGAGAGUCGCAAAUCAAAGGCCAUCGAGUUCACGAUAUUCUGGCCGCUCUUCCUGAAUCCUUCCGAGCCAAUACUUCCGACUUUGAGGCUUACGAUGCGCUUCAGCGAGGCGAUGACAAGACCGUGGCGGCGCCGCAAGGAUGGAGACUCGAUCGCUUCAAAUUCCUCCCCAUGGUGGAGCGCGCACAUGAAAUCAACCCCUCGGCGGAUUGGUUCGUCUUUUUGGAAUCGGAUACGUACGUGGUUUGGGAUAACAUGUUUCGGCUUUUGGAUCAAUUUGACCCGCAUACCCCCUUGUAUAUGGGGUCUCCGUCCCCGGGGCGGCGAAUUAACGAGAAAGAAGUUUCUUAUUUCGCCUACGGCGGCUCCGGCUUCGUCCUAUCCACGGCAGCUGUUGAUAAGUUGGUGUCCAGAGAGGUUGGACCUCACGGGGAGUACAUCCAACCUUCAUUGAGCGAGCAGUACGAGGAUAUUAUUAAAGCAGACUGCUGCGGUGAUUCGAUACUCGGUUGGGCACUGCAUGAGAAGGGCGUAGAGCUCUCAGGCUUCUGGCCCAUGUUCAAUCCCCAUCCACUGCAUGGAAUUCCUUUUGACGAUGCCUACUGGUGCCAGCCGGUCAUCAGUAUGCACAAGACACUGUUGUCAGAUAUGACUGGAUUGAUGCGAUGGGAAAACCAGCGGGAUCGCACACGCCCAUUGAUCUACGCCGACCUGAUGGAAUAUUUGAAGCUGGGAACCGUCGAUCACAUGUCCGAUUGGGACAACGGAGACUGGGGCGGAUGGCAGGAACCUCCCGAAUCACCGGCCCACGGCUCUUUUGAAGCCUGUCAGACAGCCUGCCAUGAGCAUGCCCAGUGCCUCAGUUUCACGUAUGACUCCUCGGGACACUGUGUCUUUGUUCGCACGAUGCGGCUGGGCGCGAAGAAGAAACUGGGCGAUUCAUCGGUGCGAUUAUCCUCCGGAUGGGAUCUGGAGAAAAUCAAGAACUGGCGGGCGUCUCACCGAUGUCCUGGAUCAUGCCAUACUAAUGAUAGAUAA